UGGACUAGCGUCACUGGCCUGUUAGCCCAGAGCAUGUUUUACAUUAUGCAGUGAUGUUGAUGAGUCUACAUAAAAAAGUUAAUUGAUUACUGAAUUGAUUACAAAGGUACUUAAACAGAGCAUGGUGAAGAGUUUUCGAGUGGUCGACCUCCGUGCCCUCUUCAUGGCCCUAGGCAAGGACAGGAAAGGCUUGAAGAAAGAUCUAACUCGUCGCGCCAUUCACCUCAUUGAAAAUGAAAGCAGUCAAGAACUGAUUACAAAAAUAAAUCAUAUAUACAACUCUCGUUGUCAGCCACAAGCUGUGUCAACCUGCAACUUGAACAUGGGCAACAAUAUCAAAACUCUCUCUUCCCGGGAAUCUGAUAUCAAACUAAUGGCAUACCCAUUCCAUGAAACCUUGGACACACUCAUCGACCUUCAAGCUUUAAGGCCUUCGAAUGUACGGCUGUUGACCUUGCAGAUGCAAUACUUUACAUUCAUUUUAAGUGAAGAGCAACGCAAGCAACUGAUCAAACAGCGUUCCUCUGGAGAAGAAGUUCAGGUAGUAAUCAGGACGUGCUACACAGAGAGUGUUGGAGUGGAGGAUGACCAGUAUCCUUCAAACCUUAUGAUCACCCUGAAUCACAUCUCCAGCCCCCCAGCCAUUAAGAUCCAAGGCACAAAACUAGGGGAGGAGCCUAAGCGACCUUGUCCUCCCGUCAACCUCACACCACAUCUGGACUUAAACAAAGCCGGUCAUGUAGGAUACAUACUCUGGUAUAAUACUUUAAAGUCCUACUCCAUUGCUGUCUAUCUGGUGAGAAUCUUGAGUGUGGAGGAGCUGGUGGCUCAGCUCAGGGAGAGCUCAGUGGAGAGUGUUAACAACUGCCGCACCCGCAUUUGUGAAAAGAUGCUCACUGGCCGGGACAGUGAGGUUGCCACCACUGGUCUUCGAGUAUCUUUGCUGUGCCCACUGAUGAAGGCACGUCUGAGGGUGCCAUGCAGGGGCUUGACUUGUGCCCACCUCCAGUGCUUUGAUGCCCUCACCUACCUGGAGAUGAACCGCCAGAAGCCUACCUGGGCGUGCCCUGUGUGUGACCGGCACACGCCCUUCAGCCAUCUUAGCAUUGACGGCUUGCUGUCAUCAAUCCUGGAGACUGCGGAGGAGUCCGUGGAUGAGAUUGAGUUCUUGGAGGAUGGUUCUUGGAGCUCUGGGAAAAAUCAACAUAGCAAUGGACACCGAAGCCCUCUCACCGACCUUAGUGUGUCCUCAUCGUCCAGCUUUCCUGAAGGAGAAGUUAUAGACCUGACAGAGGAUUCAGAUGAAGAAUUCUACUGAAGUAUUUUAUUUGUGUGAGAAAUGUGUGGUGGCUAGACAGACAUUUCUAUGUUUUGUGCUUGUUUUCUUUCGUGUGUGUUCCAGCACAAAUUACCUUGUCAGUUAUUUAAUGAAAUUGCUCAUUCACUGUAAUCUAUGUUACACCAAACCGGUGAAUAAAGAUGUAUUUUUUUUAUGUUG